AGGGGAGCUCCAUUGUCUGGGAGGGGAUGGCCGCGGCACCCCCCCGCCGCGCCCCCUCCGCGCUCCCUCCGCGCCGAGGUGCGCGGGGCGCCGGGCGGCCGCGGCGGGUGGCUGCUGCCUCGUCUCCCCCAAAGUUUUUGGAUCCGCGUCUCCUCAUGAUGUAUGGAUGAUAUAUUGCAUUGUGGGUGUCAAUAUAACUGACGGCCAUAUUUGCCGGUGCUGCUACUGCUGUAAACAACCCAAAGUGUCUGGGAGACACGGAGACGCUUCACUGAAUUUCAGGACGCUUCUCCUCCUCCCGCUGGCCAUGUCUCUGGGAAUGUCUUACAAGCCCAACUUGAACGCCCACAUCCCCGGGACUCCCCUCAACCCGGCUGGGAGCGUUCACUCUCCCUCCACAAGCAUGGCAACAUCUGUGCAAUAUAGACAGCUUAUAAAUGACUACGGACCCCCGUCUCUAGGCUAUACACAAGGGAUGCAGGGUACCAGCAGCAGUCAAGUACCGCAAAGCAAAUAUGCAGAACUUCUAGCUAUAAUAGAAGAAUUAGGAAAAGAGAUUAGACCUACGUACGCUGGGAGUAAAAGCGCGAUGGAGAGGCUAAAAAGAGGCAUUAUUCACGCUAGGGGAUUAGUUCGGGAAUGCCUGGCUGAGACGGAACGAAAUGCAAGAUCCUAGCCCACUAAUUCAGCUGCAAGAUUUUCCAUCUCUUAAUGAAGAAAAAGUAACACUUAUUCCUUUUGACUCUUGAAACAUUCAGACAAAUUCCUUUAUUUUGAAUGUUCUACUUUUUUUUUUUUCCUUACAAAAAUGUAUAGUUAGGAAUGAGAAAACAACAAUUUUUCAACUUGCUGAGGGUUUGCAUUUUGUAAAGACGUUAAAACUCCCUAAAAGGUUUCUAAAACAUGAAAACUGAACUGCAUGCAGAGGAAUGCUCUUUCUCUCCCAGGCUGUAUUUCAGUUCUUAUCCAGCCACAGGCUCAUUCUGUUUCUUUUCCUUUGACUAUAUUCACUUAAACCCAAACUGUCAAUCUUUCAAAGUUUGACAUAAGCUCUAAGGAUUUUUUUUGAUAACUGCAGAAUAGCAUGCUGUACCUAGUAGUCUGCUAAGUCACAAUUUGUCAUUCAGCAUAGACCCUGCUUAGAAAUAACCUUUCCCUUCUCUUAUUUUGCCUUUUUUGUUCGUUUUGCAUAAACAUUUGCAUGACUGUUAGUGCUUUGAAGUCCGUUUAAAGUGCAUGAGUUAUAUGGAAAACAGGGAAACCUAUUAAAUAAUAACAAGGUCCUGGAAAGCUAAUUUCUACAUUAAGGCUGGAGAUUUCAGUUUAAAGUUUGCCAAAAAAAGGAAAAAUCUGGAUAAAUUACUAAAACUGUUAUUUGCAUCUUUGUAUGUAUUUAUUACUUGACGUAAUAAAGCUUAUUUUCAUUAA